UUUGCUCAUUUAUUAAUUACGUUGUCUUAAUUGCAUUAACUCGUCCCAGAGUUUCAUCUAUUAUACAUACAGCGCUUUGUUCGUCCAAUACUAUUACAAAAAAAUACUACUGCUAGCAAGUCUACAUAAAAUAAUUUAAAAUAUGGCAGUUAAACUUUUAACCAAUUCCCUUAAAUGUUGUUUAUUGACAUCAAAUAAUAAAUGUUGGAUGGAUAUGCAGAAAAAAACAAUGUUAAAGCAUUCAAUUAACCAUAUAAUGAACAAGAAAGUUAUGGACCGGUACAUGAGGCUGCCGAUGCCAUGUAAUAAAGUGCUCGCAACUUACGUUUGGAUCGAUGGUUCAGGUAUAAAUAUGAGAUGCAAAGACAGGAUAUUAAACUGUACACCAUACUGCGCUGACGUUGCCCCGGAUUGGGCUUUUGACGGGAGUUCAUGUGGAUUAGCUAGUACGGAUAAUUCCGACACCAGGCUAAAGCCAGCUUCUGUAUGUAGAGAUCCUUUUAGAAUGGAACCUCACGUCUUGGUUUUAUGCGAAGUAUAUGAAGGCAGUGGCGAUACUCCUGUUCGUACCAACAACCGCAAAUUUUGUAAUGACUUAUGUGAGUUUCACAAAGAUGAUGAACCGUGGUUUGGGUUAGAACAAGAGUAUACUAUGUUAGACGUAGAUGGAUGGGGACUGGGUUGGCCAAAAGGCGGUGGAUUUCCUGCAGUGGUGUAUGAAUUUUCUUACUGUGGAGUCGGUGCGAAAUAUAUAGCAGGAAGAGAUAUUUCCGAGGCUCACACAAGAGCAUGUCUUUACGCCGGUCUUGACUUUGAAGGCACUAAUGCUGAAGUAAUGUUUGCUUGCUGGGAAUGGCAGAUAGGAACUUCAGUUGGAAUAAAAGCCCCCGAUGAUUUAUGGAUGUCCAGAUACAUAAUGUCACGGGUAGCUGAAGAUUACGGUGUGCAGAUAACUUACCACCCGAAGCCUAUGGGUAUGAAGCAUCCGGGUGUUGGUAUGCAUCAUAAUUUUAGCUCGAAAAGGAUGAGAUCGGACGGUGGAUAUGCAUUUAUUGAAGAGUGUAUUAAAAGAUUAGAACAAAAUCAUAUGAAACAUAUGAAGCGUUAUGGUAUGGAAGAGGCUACUAACAGAAUGAGAUUAUCAGGAAAAUUUGAAACCGCCCCUUUUGAUAAGUUUUCGUGGGGUAUUGCGAAUAGAAAGGCGUCGAUCAGGCUCCAAAGAAAUAUAAAAGAAAAAGGGAAAGGCUUCAUGGAAGACAGAAGACCAGCCGGGGACGCUGAUCCUUACAUGGUUUGUGGUUUACUGUUAGAAACUUGCUUGGGACCUGUAGGUGGUAGCUCAAGUCCUUGUAAAAAGUAGUGCAUUGUUGUUCAUUUGCCCCAUUGCUGAUACGUUGUACGCAUAGUAAGAACAUUGAAUGACUGGUUGUUUUGCGCAGAUACCAUACGCCAAUGCUACGGGCAUGGUGACUAUGACGUGAUAUUUCCAUCGUGUAGUUAUUUUUUUCAUGCCAGUCCAGACUGACGUGUCAACGUGUAGAGAAUGGAGUGGCUGCCUAUUUUUAGUGCCGUUUCGCUGUAUUCCCCUUGCCAGUAUAAUUGAAUAGUUAUUAAAGCGUUGUGGGAAUCGCUAGUGACAUAUCGUACUAAUGCGUAAGAUGGAUUUGGUAAUUUUUAAAUGUUUAUGUUUUGUCAAAAUUACCUCGAGUAAUUAAAUGGGAUAAAUAUGCAACUUUUAUGCUGAUUUAACGUUAAAUACAGUAGGGAUGUUUGUGUACCAUUUGUUUCGAGAAAUAAAGUAACAAACAUGAUCGGUGCUACAACAUUUUUAUGGCGGGUAUUAAACCAUAACUGUUACUGAAAACUUAGAAAUCAGUUCAUAUAAAAAACUAUUAUAUCACGUGUAAAAGCCCCUUUUCCCUGGUGCCGAACUACAUCAGUGUAAGUCAUACUUAAACCUAACCAAACUAAAAACUAAACCUAAGCCAUACUUGCUAAUUACUGAACUUUUAAAUUAUUAUAUACUGUAUAAGAAUACACAAUUGACAAACUGCAAUUUUUUUCAAAGUGUUGAUCUUUUACCUGUUUUCUUGUGUUCCGGCAGUGAAAAUGAAAUAUUUACAUUACUUAUA